GGCUGGGGCGCACUUGCCAGCCGUGCGCUCGCCGGGUGGCCCCAGCCUCCCGGUCCCCGCUGCGUCCGUCCCGCUCGCUCCUGGAUAACUAGCUAGCUGCUCGCCGACCGAACCAUGACUCUGGAGGAAAUCCGCGGCCAAGACACGGUUCCCGAAAGCACCGCCAGGAUGCAGGGCGCCGGGAAAGCGCUGCACGAGCUGCUGCUGUCGGCCCAGCGCCAGGGCUGCCUCACCGCCGGCGUCUACGAGUCCGCCAAAGUCCUGAAUGUGGACCCCGACAACGUGACCUUCUGCGUGCUGGCCGCCGACGAGGAGGACGAGGGCGACAUCGCACUGCAGAUCCACUUUACGCUCAUCCAGGCGUUCUGCUGCGAAAACGACAUCGACAUCGUGCGCGUGGGCGACGUGCAGCGGCUGGCGGCGAUCGUGGGCGCGGGCGACGAGGCGGCCGCGUCGGGAGACCUGCACUGCAUCCUCAUUUCGAACCCCAAUGAGGACGCGUGGAAGGACCCCGCCUUGGAGAAGCUCAGCCUGUUCUGCGAGGAGAGCCGCAGCGUCAACGACUGGGUGCCCAGUAUCACCCUCCCCGAGUGACAGCCCGGAGGGGGCCUUGGUCUGAUCGACGUGGUGACGCCCCGGGGCGCCUAGCGCGCGGCUGGCUCUGUGGACGCGCCCUCGGAGGUGGGGCGCCGGAGCGGAGCGCUGCGAGGAGAGCCGCGAGGAGGCCGGUCCCCUGCAGGAGGGGCCGCCGGCGGCGG